CAUAGUCUGAAUAAAGUCGAAUUUGUAACUUGCUAAUAGCAAUUCGUAAACAUGAAUUUUUUUCGUAUAUCGCACACGUAAAGGCAUCGGCCGAAAUGUACGGGGUAUCGGAAUAAUAAACUAAGACGACUAUGCUACGAAAAUGAGGAUUUGAAAGAUACACGAACAGGAAGAACAGUGAUUUUGCCAAAAUGACAUUUUUUAAGGAAAUACAAUACAAAACAAUGCUGAUAAUGGAAACAACGACGAUACUACUGAUGAGCCUGCAGUUGCUGCUGAUGCAGAAUCUGUCCAGCGGCGCAAAACUGCCACCAGGGUUUAGGUCGACAAGAUUAGGACAAACGGAUAAUGAACUCCAACCAAAUGGAGGCAGGAAAUAUUUCGAAAACCGCGACUGGGUAAAGAUCAGCCAGGCGCCGCCUGCAGCGGUAACGCAGGCGUUGGGCACCAGCCUGGUUCUUGAGUGCGAAGCGGUUGGUUCUCCUGCUCCGACCAUGCAAUGGAUGCGCGGCAACGUUCCCAUCACAGAGUUAGACGACUACGAAGAAAGUAACGCCAUAAACGAAGCGCCAUCUACUGGUCUCGUCAGGGUGCGCUCCCGGCUGGUGGUCGACAACGUGUUACCGGCCGAACGAAGCGCAUACACUUGCGUAGCGCGAUCGGGUGCUGAGACGGCAAUAGCAACCAGCGUGGUCUACAGUGCACCAGGUCCUAUGAUAAAACCUCAGAAUCUAACCGAGUUACUGACAUUGAACAAUAACAUAAUCAGCGGCCCCCAGCAGGCGCGUGUCGUCCUGUAUUAUUCGGUUGUGAUGGAAACCAUUGGAUCGUCUAUGGUUCUGCCUUGCCGAGCAGUUGGCAGGCCGAGGCCCGAAAUAUUUUGGCUCGACAACAACGAAAACAUAAUCACUAAUCAAGAUCCCAGGUUUAAGACAUUACCUUCAGGAGAGCUUUACAUCACGAGCCUGCGCUGGGCAGAUAUGGGGGCGUACACAUGUGUGGCCAGGAAUCCCUUGGCGAAGGAUUCCGUCACUACAUUUAUAUAUCCAGUGCUGGGCAUGGAACCUUUAUGGAACAAUUGGGACAAAGUCGAGUGAUGAAAAGAUCAGGCUAGUAAAACAUGCAAAUGUGUAGAUAAUAAAUUAAUAUAUACUUCUUAACGUGG